AUGAGGCCAACAAACAAACAACUGUCAAAACGGUUGCUGUGUAGCUAUGUAAAUAAAGAUAUGCUCGCAAGUGAAAUAUCACGAUUUCCUAUUAUUCAGGAUUCCUCAGAAGCAGCUUUACGAUACUCGAAAAAAAUACGUAUGUUUUAUGGUACCGAUCCAUUUGUUCAAAUCUACCAGUUCCUGGUUUUAGAUAAGAGUCCGUAUACGGGAGAACCAAAAGAAUGUGCCAAAGGUCUAGAUGCCAUAAUGUACUUUAAAAAUGGAUGGGUCAAAAAUGUUUCCGGGAAGCAAAUACGUUACAUUUACGUUGUGCAUGGAUUGUUAUCCGUUACCGACCUUUCUGCAUACUGGCGGAAACCUCCGUCAUCCAUUACAGAAGAUUUAUAUAAAAAAGUGCGGGAUAUUGAUUUCGGUCGAAAAAUUCAGAAGCUCUAUUUCAUAAACAACACAACUAUAUGUUGGAAAAGCAGAUAUGAAAAUCUUUUGCGAUCUCUACAAAAUGAUGGCAUAAAUGUGGCUGCAAUGUCUACUUUUUGUAGCGAUUCAAAUAUAGAGUUCACCUGUGAAAGUUGCAUUACGGAGCAGUUAUUGGAGAAUAGUUUUCAGUUAUCUUUAAUGCAAGUACAUGUCUGUGAAGCAUCUUCGGGAUAUUUCUACGUUUGGUCUCCUAGAGAUACACUUUUACUUGAAAUCAAAAGAAAUGACAGAUAUUGGAGUUUUUGUAGAAACAAAGCCGAAUUGUUCUCCAAAAGCGUUGUUCUUCCGGAAUUGUUAUCGAAAAAGUUUACAGAAUAG